AUGGGAUUCAAGGCAGCUGAUCUCUGGCGAACGCCAACACUCAACCCGGUCAACAAGAAAGCCCGGAGCGUCCCGAUCCUCAACCCCAUCGACAAGCAUGGCCGCGUCUUCUUCUUCUCCUGGAUGGGCUUCAUGUUGGCCUUCUGGGCCUGGUACACGUUUCCGCCUCUGUUGAGCGUCACCAUCAAGAAGGACCUUAACCUCACCUCAGCCGAGGUGGCCAAUUCAAACAUUGUCUCGCUCGUGGCCACGCUCGCCGUGCGCUUCGUAGCGGGUCCGCUCUGCGACCAGUAUGGGCCGCGCAAGGUGUUCAGCAUGAUCCUGCUGGUUGGAGCCAUCCCCAUCGGGUUAGCACCCCUGAUUAAGGACGCGACGGGGCUGUACAUCAUCCGCUUCUUCAUCGGCAUCCUGGGCGGUUCGUUCGUGCCGUGCCAGGUGUGGUGCACGGGCUGGUUCGACAAGAACGUGGUCGGCACGGCUAACGCCCUCUCGGGCGGCUGGGGCAACGCCGGCGGCGGCAUCACCUACUUCAUCAUGCCCGCCGUGUUCGACUCGCUGGUCCACCGCUGGGGCCACACCCACGCCGAGGCCUGGCGCAUCACCUUUGUCGUGCCGCUGGCCUGCCUGAUCACCUGCGGCACCGGGCUGCUCCUGCUGUGCGACGACACGCCCUUGGGCAAGUGGAAUGACCGCCACCUGAUUGUGCAGUCCAACCUCGAAUCGCACGGCAUCUCCGGCACCAUCGUCACCGUCCCGGGCACCAUCGCGGGCCGCCAGAGCCCCGACUCGUCGGCGACGCCCACCAACGGCAACACCUCGGACGCGGACGUGGAGAAGAAGGCGCUGUCCUCGGCCGACGGCAAACCGGUCGACGCCAUCCCGGUCACGACCGAGGCGCUCGAGACGGCCCAGGGCGAGGUCAUCAUGAAGCCGACGUUCCGCGAGACGAUGCAGGUCGUCUGCAGCCUGCACGCGCUCUUCCACGUGGCCACGUACGCGUGCAGCUUCGGCGGCGAAUUGGCCAUCAACUCGGUCCUGGGCGCGUAUUACCUCAAGAACUUCCCUUCGCUGGGGCAGACCAACGCAAGCAACUACGCGGCGCUGUUUGGGUUCUUGAAUUUCAUCAACCGGCCGCUGGGCGGUGUGGUCGGCGAUCUGAUCUACAAGGUUACCGGCGGCAGUCUGUGGUGGAAGAAGGUGUGGAUCCAUGUGUGCGGUGUCCUGACGGGGGCCUUGUUGAUCCUGAUCGGCGUAUUGGAUCCGCAUGACUUGGGCGUCAUGGUUGGGCUGGUGGUGGUCAUGGCCAUCUUCCACGAGGCCGGCAACGGGGCCAACUUUGCGCUGCUGCCUCAUGUGUACCCGUACGCGAACGGCGUGUUGUCAGGAGUGACGGGCGCGGGCGGGAAUCUCGGCGGUGUGAUCUUCGCGAUUGUCUUUCGGUUCAUGGAUGGCGGGAACAACUAUGCCCGCGGGUUCUGGGUCAUUGGGGUGGUGCAUAUCGUGUUGAACCUGGCGGUUUGCUGGAUCCCUCCUAUUCCCAAGGGCCAGGUCGGUGGGCGUUAA